CGCUGUGAUAUCUGGCUUACUUCUUAGUUUAAAGACCAUUCAGACUCCAGAGAAAACUCAAACUAAGGCAGCAGAGAACUUGUCUCCUGACUUCAAAAUCGGGUUACCAUGCCAUCUAUGUCUACGAUGAAGGCCCCAGUUUGUUUAGUAGAAAACAAGAAUGAGCAGCUGACAGUAAAUCUGGAAGCCUUAACACUUCUUGAAAAGAUAUCUCAACCUUUGGUGGUGGUGGCCAUUGUUGGGUUAUAUCGAACAGGAAAAUCUUACCUCAUGAAUCGACUUGCAGGACAGAACAGUGGCUUCACCCUGGGAUCCACAGUGAGGUCUCAAACCAAGGGUAUCUGGAUGUGGUGUGUGCCCCACCCCACCAAGCCAAACCACACACUGGUCCUUCUGGACACUGAGGGCCUAGGAGAUGUGGAAAAGGGUGAUCCUAAGAAUGACUCAUGGAUCUUUGCCUUGGCUGUGCUUCUGAGCAGCUCCUUUGUCUACAACAGCCUAGGCACCAUCAACCAUCAGGCCUUGGAGCAGCUACAUUAUGUAACUGAAUUAACACAACUAAUCAAGGCCAAGUCCAGCCCUAGAACUGAUGAACUAGAGGACUCUUCAGAGUUUGUGAGUUUCUUUCCAGACUUUGUUUGGGCUGUUCGGGAUUUCUCUCUGGAGCUGAAGUUAAAUGGUUGUGUCAUCACGGAAGAUGAGUAUCUGGAGAAUGCCUUGAAGAUGAUUUCAGGGAAGAAUCCCAAACUACAAAAGUCCAACAUGUCUAGAGAAUGCAUCAGGUAUUUCUUUCCAGUCCGGAAGUGUUUUGUUUUUGACCGACCUACACAUGACAAAAAAUUAUUACAAAACAUAGAAAAUGUUCCAGAAGACCAAUUGGAAUGGAAUUUCCUGGAGCAAUCCAAAAAAUUCUGUUCUUAUAUCUUCACAAAUGGAAAGACCAAGACACUGAGAAGAGGAAUCAUUGUCACUGGAAAUCGACUGGGAAGUCUGACUAAGAACUACGUAGAUGCUAUCAACAGUGGAACAGUGCCAUGUUUGGAGAACGCUGUGACUACCCUGGCCCAGCAUGAGAACUCAGCAGCUGUGCAGAAGGCAGCCGACCACUACAGCCAGCACAUGGCUCAGCAAUUGAGGCUCCCCACUGAGGACCUCCAGGAGCUGUUGGAUGUGCAUGCAGCCUGUGAGAGAGAAGCCAUCACAGUCUUCAUAGAACUCUCCUUCCAGGAUGAAGAGCAAAAGUUCCAGAAGCAACUGGUGGACACCAUAGAAAGGAAAAAGGAAGAGUUUAUGCUGCAGAAUGAAUCGGCAUCCAUCGAAUAUUGCCAGGCUGAGCUGAAGAAACUCUCAGAAACCCUCAUAGAAAGCGUUUCGGCAGGAAUUUUCUCCAUCCCUGGAGGGCAUAGUCUCUACUUACAAGCCAAGAAGAAGUUUGAGCAGGACUACAAGCUAGUGCCCAGGAAAGGAGUGAAGGCAAAUGAGGUUCUCCAGAGCUUCCUGCAGUCCCAGGCUACAGUAGAGAAGUCCAUCUUACAAUCAGACCAAGCUCUCACAGAUGGAGAGAAGGCCACUGCAGCUGAGCGUGCCAAGAAGGAGGCAGCUGAGAAGGAAAGAGAGCUGCUAAAGCAGAAGCAGAAAGAACAGGAACAAUUGAUGGAGGCUCAAGAGAGAAGCUACAAGGAAAACAUGGCCCAGCUGCAGAAGAAAUGGGAGAUAGAAAGGGAGAAUAUUCUGAAGGAGCAGGAAGAAAUGUUGGAACACAAGCUGAAGGUUCAGGAGCUGCUGCUUAUGGAUGGAUUUAGAAAGGAGUCUAAAAAGUUAACUAAAGAGAUACAUAGACUACAAAAAGAGAUUGAAAGAAAUAGAAACAAAGAAUCACUAUUUUCAAAACUCCUUGCUGUGGCUGGUGAGGUGCUCAUGGCAGUACUCCCUGGGGCUGGUAAAUUGUUUGGCUUAGGGACAAAAGUGUUGAGCUCACAGAUGGAAUAGUCUAAAAUUUCCUGGGAAUUAAUGUAUAAACGGGUUGAUUUUUAUUUCAAAAGCAGAAAAUUGUGUCUC